UCAAGAUCACUGGAAGCAAACAGUGCAUUGCCCUAUGCUUGAGCCUUCAGAUCGCUAGUAUAACAAACCAAAGGGGAAAGGACAGCCCUCUCCUCACCCAUGCUGGUGGAAUCAUUUAUUUCUCACAGGGGAGCAGGCUGAGAAACGUUCUCUUGAUUCUCUGUUUUUUUUAUAUAGGACGAAGCAGUGACAGCAAAGAGGAAUGAACUGGAAGUUACACUUCAGGAUCUCGGCAGGAAGGCAUGUACUUCGCGCCACAAGUUUUGAUGGAUUAAUGAGUUGGCGGCAUCUCUCAAUAUGGGCCCGACAACAUUGUUACAAGAGCUGUUCUGGUUCCAUGCUAUGCAGAAAUCUGCUCCCAGUUUCAUUAAGACCCAUCUUGUGCCCUUCAAAUGGAAACCUCUUGCUGCAAGGGAGCCCAGAGAAUGGCAUGAAAAAUGUGGCAAGCUUACUAAGUGUGAGAAGGUUUCAGUGGGCAAAGACUUUUUCCCUAUCCACUUCUUCAAUGGAGUUCCUUGGCAGCAGGGGAAACAGUGGUGGAAAGGAAAAGCUCACCCUGAAGGAUGUGAUGGAAUUAAUUCAGAAGAAAGAAUGUCAGCGAGUAGUGGUGAUGGUUGGAGCAGGGCUCAGUACGCCCAGUGGAAUCCCAGAUUUCAGGACACCUGGGAGUGGGCUCUACAGUAACCUCCAGCAGUAUAAUAUUCCAUACCCAGAAGCCAUCUUUGACAUAAACUACUUCUUCCACAAUCCUAAGCCUUUCUUCAUGUUAGCUAAGGAGCUGUACCCUGGCAAUUACAGGCCCAACUAUGCUCACUACUUCCUCCGCCUUCUGCUAGACAAAGGGCUCCUCCUGCGUUUGUAUACACAGAACAUUGAUGGGCUGGAGAGAGUUGCUGGGAUCCCUCCAGAUAAACUAGUGGAGGCUCACGGCACAUUCGCCACAGCAACAUGUACGGUCUGUCGAAGAUCCUAUCCUGGGGAGGACUUCAGGGGGGAUGUGCUGGCUGACAAGAUCCCCAAAUGCCCCAUAUGCACUGGAAUCAUCAAGCCGGACAUUGUGUUCUUUGGGGAAGAACUCCCUCAUCGCUUCUUCUUGCAUGUGACAGAUUUUCCCAUGGCAGACCUGCUCUUCAUCAUCGGCACCUCCCUUGAGGUGGAGCCCUUUGCCAGUCUCGCAGGCGCAGUCCGUUCCUCUAUUCCACGUGUACUGAUCAAUCGGGAUUUGGUGGGGCCAUUUGCAUAUCAGCCAAAAUACAAUGAUGUGGCUGAACUUGGAGAUGUCAUCGGUGGAGUGGAAAAAAUGGUGGAACUGUUAGGCUGGGAGGCAGAAUUGAAGGAGCUAAUCAAGAAGGAAAAAGAAAAGUUUGACAGAAAAGACAAAUAGGAAAUCUGGCCUCUGUCUGUUGAAUUCAGUGUUUAAAUCAUGGAGAAAUAGGUUUCAUCCUAGCCAAAGGUGACAGCAAUAAGACCUGGCAUUUGUAAGAAAUGAUACUCCCCACUUUGAUAGAACUUAAUACAUCAGAAGAAUUCCUUGAAGAGCCAUCUGAGUUACAUUGAUCAUCCAAAUAUCCAAGAAGGACUUGUACUAAAAAUGUAUGGUGAUCAAAUGUUAGGUUGUGAAGUGGUUUAAAAAUAUUAUGGAUCUUGGAUGCGAAGAGGAUGUUAAACAUACAUGUUACCUGCUGCUAUAGGUUGCUUGGUAGGUUUUUUAUCUCCCAUUUCUAUUUUCAAUUUGAAUUCCUUGGGUGCUUUAUAAAGCAUCACAGAUAUUUCAUCAGAGAUACUGAUUUCCCAAUAUACUGUCCAUCAGUAAAAGGAUGUGAAUGAGAUCAAAUGGCAAUUAUCAUUUGCCUCAAAAUGAUGGAAACCUAGCUGUUCAGUCCCAUCUAGCUGUUGUGAAGAUCAAUCUGCAAGCAAGAUUCUCAAAGGAAUAUAGCAUAUGUUAAUUUGCAGCAUAUUGUUUAUGUAACAUGGGAUGACAAGGUGUAUAUCAGCAUUUCUAAUAAGAAACUACUACACAACAUCUGUUGUUUUAGCUGCUAUUUGAAUUUGAAAGAGCAUUCAUCCUGCAACAAUAGCUAUUAAUCAAAAUAAAAACACUUUGACAAUC